UAGCAACAGAGCUCUUCUAUUUCCCCUCCACUGCCUUUGCCAUCAUGGGACCAGGUGAAUGCACCUACAUGCUAUCUGUUUGACUAGUUAACCAUGUUCUAACAGAUUUCCCUGGUUAGGCACGUUGACACCAGGUAAAGCAUGAACCAAACAGGGACGGCGCAGGACAAAUGGGCCCAAACCGGCUGGAGGAUUGAGCAGAAGUAUGCAGACAAAGUGCUGAUAGGCAACUGGGCCGAAGAAAGACUUCAGUUCACUCGGGAGCCACAGACAGCCAACACCACCAAUCGCAUAGACCACCGGCCCCACUGGGACUUCAAGCCAGACGUCUUUGAGAGAAGAUCUGCCCUGCUGAGAGCUGAGGGGCUUCCAUCCAAGCUGCUAUUUGGCCACAAUGGCCCACCAUCCUCUCAUUACUUGGUCACGCACUAUGAAGAGAGCUACCAGCGUAAACACACCAAUACUUUGCUCACUCUGCGACCCGGGCAUCCAGACAGCUUGCAGCUUGAGAGGUCUGACCGCCCAAUUUAUGCCUAUCCAACCAACCCUGGCCCGCCGCAGUCCACAAAGCGCCGUUUGGAAAAGCAGCAGUCACACCUCCCGUCAAUGACUGCGUACAGGUCAGCGUACCAGAGGCACCCACUCGGCGCCUUCUGCCAGAGCCGCUUUGCCAGGGCGUCACGCGUGCUCUCCAGCCACCUCCACGCAGCCAAUCACAACAACAAGGACCUGGAUCUGAGGCGGUGCCCGCUGCUGCAAAUCCCAGAUUGAGUUGACUUCCGCAAACGCGGCGGGCUUAGAGACGGACAAUGCGGCUCUCGAAUUGCCUCACAUGCUGCUCGGUAAUUUAGUAGAUCUGCUCGAAGCGGUGCUGCUCUGUGGUUCCUCUUUUGUAGUAGUCAGCGGCAUGAAAGAAAUUUAACAAACCAUUUGGGAAAUCAAAAGGAAUUCAAAAAAUUAAACAUGAUUCUCAUUAUGUCGCUGUGAGGACUUAUUGUGGGUUUACUGUGUGUUAUGUGGUGAGUUACAGUGUUUAUAUAUGUGUUUGUGUACAAGAAGGAAAAAAGGAAGGGGCCCUUCCAGAGGAUAAUUACAUGCAAAUUCUCCCUCUCUCUGCACACUUGAUAUGUGAAACCCAGAAUGGGCUGUUUAGUAUCGCCCUAGAUGCUCUGUGGAAAAUAUAAAUAAAUAAAGCAAACUGUUGAUGCCAGAAGUGACCCGGGUAUUGAGGCAAACCACGAGGCCAUGAGCCAUCCUCUGCAACAUCAGAAGGGACGUGUCUAGCUCCCAUUCCAUUAGGUGUUUUGUUACGGGGGAUCAAAGUGUUUAAUUAGGAAGAAUCAAAGAUGCUCAUGUUUGAUGGUCAACCAUCUGCGUCCGCCUCCCCUAUUUCCCCCGCCUGCCUGCCUGCUGCCUUCCAGUGCAGCUGAUCAGCCCUCUGUCUCGCCCACUGUUUAGCUAGUUAGUCGCUCCGCCGUGCUGCUGAUGCCUGCCUGCCUGCCUGCCUGCAUGUCACAUGACGCUGCUCUGUGUUGUGGAAAGUCUGGAGCUCAACAUAUCUCGCCCCCGAGCACUGUUGUGUUUGCCUGGUGAGCCACAUGAUGGUGCUGUAGCAGCACGUCACCCUCUAGAGCCUGUCAGUGUGUCUUUGAAGACGGAAGAAGAUCAGCAUUACAGUGAAAGACUUGAUUGUAAAUGAGCAAACAAUGAGGGAUUUAUUAUUUGUAUCAUCCUUAUGCAUAUUUCCAUUCUUAAUGUAAUUGCUCAACACUUAAAGAAAUAAACCACAAGUGUUUUAGA